CAGCAGCGGCGGAGUUGAGCGCUGCUAGUCCUUUAGCCAACAUACAUGUGGAGGGUCCGGAGAGAGGGUAGCUCUGCACAAACUUAGGACUAAUCUUCUCCGGAUCGGAAAUAUACUGUCGACGUCCUUCGCAGCGUUCACCUUAUACGUGUUCUCUCCAACAUGAAAGGUAGCCGGAUCGAGCUGGGGGACGUUACCCCCCACAACAUUAAACAGCUGAAACGUCUGAACCAAGUAAUCUUCCCUGUCAGCUACAACGACAAGUUCUACAAAGAUGUGCUGGAAGUAGGAGAGCUUGCUAAGCUAGCAUACUUCAAUGACAUUGCUGUGGGGGCAGUGUGCUGUAGGGUGGAUCACUCCCAAAACCAAAAGAGAUUGUACAUAAUGACACUCGGCUGCCUAGCACCCUACCGCAGACUGGGCAUAGGAACAAAGAUGCUGAACCAUGUGUUGAACAUAUGUGAGAAGGAUGGCACUUUUGACAACAUUUACCUACAUGUGCAGAUCAGCAAUGAGUCUGCAAUCGACUUCUACCAAAAGUUUGGUUUUGAGAUCAUUGAAACAAAAAAGAACUAUUACAAGAGGAUAGAGCCUGCAGAUGCCCACGUUCUUCAGAAGAGCCUGCGUAGCCCAUGUGCACCACCAGCGGGAGAGCUUCAGAAAGCUGAGUAGGGGUCCCAAGCACGCUGGAGAGAUUGGUCUCGGCUCGUUCUCCAAAACGGAACUGUGACAGAUGCCCCAGGGUCUAUAGAUACACCACUUUUUUUCAGAGGGCAAUUUAAGAGAAAAACGAGUCCAUGAAAAGUUGCUGCGUUUUAUUUUGCAAAAACAAACUUAAGUCCCCAUCAGUUUGCGUUUUCCUUUUUUUUCUUUCUUUCUUCAUUUAGAGAUUUGAAAAGAUUUUUUUUCUUCAGGCAAAAUACAUUAAGUGCUCCAAAAAGCUGCUUACUUGUUACAGAGUAGACAUGGUGAAGGUUAACUAUGUAAGCAUACGUUUGCAUUUUAUUUUAAGUUGUUUAAAGGCAAGGGGACAUGACUGUUGUUUGGACAAAACAAUAGAACUAAAAGAGGGGGAAUCCUUUUUUAAAUAGGACUAUUGUUGACAAUAGGUGGUCCUAGCUGGCAACCUUGGAGUCAUGCUAUGGACGUUUUUUUGGUGACUUUCUGGAACUUGUCACCUCGCCACCUGGGCCCAAGGACACAUGGGAAGGAAAUGCUCCUGGUGGUUGAGACAUGUUUCAUUUUACAGGCAGUAUGCAGUGAAGGAAGAUCAUUGCAUGGGAUGCAGUGUCUCCUGGUGAUGUCAGCCUCUCCAACCUGCCUUGAAGCUAGCCCAGAGAGGAAUAGGAUCCUAUAGCCCCCCUCAGAACAGGGGGGAACUUGGUUGGUAAAACGGUUUGAGGGUGAAAGAGAUUGGGGGAGUAAACUCCACUCUUGUUUCUGAAUGUUUUUGUUUCUCUGCCCAUUAUUUAAUAUCCCCUUAAUUUUUUUUGCAUAAUUGCUGAUUGGUUCAUGGCUUUUCCUGGGGUGCUGUUGGUGCUUCAGACUAGAGAGAGGAUUGUGAGUGCCAGUUAUGGAGAAGAGGUUUACUGUUGGUACAGUCACCCCAGAAUCUGAGACUCUUUCCUCAUGUAGGGACCAGGUGCCUUGCCGUAAGCUCACAUUAGCAUACAGUCGUGUGGAUAGGCUACAUUAAAGAAAACUAUGGGAUUGUUUGCAGCAUUUGUAUUGUAUCAGGACUCUUGCAGAAAACCUACCGGCACACUUAUGAUAGAAUCCAGUGAGCACACGCUGAAGCACUUCCCCAUUGGCUUGUCUUGUAAGUGUAUCAGCCAGUACAGGAGAAUUAUUGUCUUUGGUAAUCAAACGUAUGCUACAAAUUGAAUUAUAAAAGAAGCUUUAUUAUUCCUUUAUUCAAAGUGAUAUUUGAAAAUUCAAAACCUUUGCUGUCCCUCAAAUGGUUUUUAAUUGCUUCAGAUUGUGGUAAAAAUAGGCACUUAAUUUUGCAUUGGACAGUUGCAUGGUGUCCAUUCAUUUUAUUUUGGAAUGCUGCAAUAUUUGAACAUGUCUGAAGUUUAUUUUUAUUAUUUAUUUUGGGACAUUUCCCUCAACAGUUUCAUUGCAGAAUCAGAUAAAGGUGGUUUCUAACAAUAUAAUUUUAUCAUGUGAGUGAAUUAAGCAUGCAGUUUAUUAUAACUGUAUGACUUGGGCAAGGUAAUCGAUUCAUUCCUGGACAAUACAUGCUGGUUAUUCGUGUGGUAUCUAGUAUUUGCCUCAUAUUCUGCGGUCACAUUACUUGUAAUCAGUAAUGCUUCAGCCUGAGUUUCAGUUCUUUGGGGCUCAGACAUUCUCAGAUGUAAAACUGGUUGUUUCAUAAUUUGCAUAAGUGCAGAUUCGGACCUUAGCAGGCUCCUCUUCGGCACACUGGCAGCUAUAAAAUCUUCCCACAAUGCAUUCCUAUCAUUUCAGUGAUGUUCACUGACAACCAUCCAUUUUCCUUUAUGCAUUGUGGGAUUGUUGCAGUUUGGUUAUUAUAGGUUCCUUAUGCAGAACUUGGAAGCGCGAGCCCUCAGGACCCCCAGGAGAAGCCUUGACAUUGCAUGCCAGGAGGGACAUGCCCUCUUCAUUGUAGUACAAGCAUGUUUUCUUUCUUUCUUUGGAGAAUUUUGUCUUUUCUGGAGCUCUAUAUUGUAAAACUUUUAAACCUCUAAAUAAAAAGUACUA